GUUAAAAAAUUAGAUUUGGUACGAAUUUCUGCUCAGCGUAAGAAUAAAAAUUUUGUGACAUUUGCUCUGGGAAAAUAAUCGUAAAAUGCAGAAAUCUGAUGCAGGUUCAUCUAAAGUAGAUUCAGCGUCGCUGAUAGAUUUGAAGGCUGAGCUUUUCAGAAAGCAAGAGGAGUUCAGAACUCAGAAGUUACAGAGUGAGAAUACUGGAUUUAUCAAAGGGAAACCUUCAACCUCACAUAAGAAGCCAAGUCUGUUCAGUAAAAAGAAUGCAGGUGUCACACAGAGAGCAGAAAAAGACUAUGAGGAGAAAUUAGAAGAGGAAAAUGUUUUUGAGAGAUCCAGAAAGGCCCUUGAGAACAAAGCCAAGCUUUAUGAAAAGAUAACUUGUGGCACAGACAUCUCUGAGGAAGAUGGCAGUGGACUUUAUCUGGUGGAUUUCCAGAAAAAAAGUCUUGAUGAUUUUGAGGAAAGAAGAGAGAAAGAGAGGAAAGAGAAAGAAGAGAUGGAGAGAAGAGAGUUAGAGGAAGAACAAAGACAGCUAGCUGAACCAGUUCUGCCUCCAGAAUCUGAGGAGGAAGAAUGGGUUGACUAUGUGGAUGCAUUUGGCCGAUCAAGACGUUGUCUGAGGAAGGAUUUACCUGAUGUACAGAGACAGGAUGAAACUCUUCAGAAGAAGAAAAGGAAAAUAGAUGAAAAAGCACAAAAGGGGCACAAAGACUUCCAGGAGUUAAGGGAUAAGAGUGAGGAUAUUCCAAACUUAAUGUCAGCUGAUAUGAGGCGGGAGAUGGAGAGACAGAAAUGGGAAAAAGAAGAAAUGGAGAAAAUGCAAGAGGAGAAAGAAGGACCCAUACAUUAUGCUGACGUACAACACAAUGAGAUUCGAACUCAUGGUGUCGGGUUUUACAAGUUUGACAAGGAAGAAUCAGUGAGACAAGAACAGAUGGAACAACUCAACAAACUCAGACAGGAGACAAAAGAUGAGAGAUCAAAGAGUGAGCGAAUUAAGGAGAAGAGGAAAGCUGCCCUUGCUGCAAGAUUGGCCAAGGUCAAACAGAGAAAGAGAGAAAAAUUGGGACUGCCUGAACCCCAGGAAGAAGAUGGCAGCUCAGGUGAAGAGAUAGGACCAAAGCUUACAGAAGAGCUGAAGAAAGAACCUGAACUACUAACUCGUGAUGAUUCCUGGAGAGCUACUGUACAGUCUACAAGAGAUUGGGAUAAAGGAAAGCAUCUAACCAUGGAGAGGUCAGAGCAGGCGUGGCUAGAGAAGCAGAGAGCAGAGAGGGAGGAGGAGUUUGCCCCGCCUUCUUUCUACUAUGAUACACCUUCCAGUAAAUAUAAUUCUAAAAAAGGAAACACAAUCAAUCAAAAUGAAACAAAGAGUUGGAGGUCAUCAAGAAAUACUGAACAGGAAAGUGAUAUGGCAUCAGUGGUUGAAAAACAGCUGAGUGAGAUAAGAAAAGAUAUUGACCUAGAAGCCUCUGGAAUUACACAUUCAAAAGUUGUUUUGCAAAAAGACAAAGACAGUUCUGUUGUGUGCAAAGGAGAAAGUGAUAAUUCUACAGUAUCAUCUGACAUAGCUAAUACAGACAGUCUGCCACCCAGACUCAGCAGCCCAGGCGAUAAUAUUCUUUCACAGCCAUCCAGUUUAAAUGCAACUGUUCCAGUUGCUAAUAUUCCACUUCCCAAUUCUGAUAUCCAACCUUCAAAUUAUCAGCUUCCAUCCACAAAUAAUUUUAUUGUUCCCCCUCUAAAUUUGAAUGUCCCACCCCCAAAUUUCAGUAUUCCUCCUCCAAAUUAUGCUCAUAUUCCUCCUCCAAAUUACCAUCAGCCUCUUACAGAUAACUCUUUUCCGAGUAUCAGUCCUUCUCAAGGUUCUAGUUUUACUAAUAUCUCAUACAGUUCAUCUGUACAAGGGAACACUUUGACUUCAGGUGAAACAAAAUCAAGUGCAGCCACUGGACCUGUACAUACUAAUCAAGAAGAACAGUAUACAUCAAAUCAAACUGAAGAGAAAAAUAGGAAAAAGUUUGUGCCUAAACUUGACAUUAUAGACACAAGGCUGAUGGACAGUGAAAAUGGUUAGAACUGAUUACAAUGAAGAAGUUACCAAACAACAAUGUCAUCAAAAUAAUUACAAUAAAUGUUUUAAUUCUAUAUUUCAAUGAGUGGUGUGGAAAUUUAAAAUGUUGCAAAAAUAA